GUGUCCUUUGUUUACAUCAACAGAAAAUACUGCAAUCUCGGGACAGGUCGAGGCUGGCCAUGAUGACGUGCCCCCGACGAGCUAGAAGCCCUGCCUGGCAGGCAUUGAUGGCGCCGAUUGCUCUCUGUGGGGAAGCGGCGCCGGCGUCGGCCACCCCACCAGCCAGCGGCACUUGGCACUGCGGUGCUUCCGCCAUGGACGGAAUGCCACCUCGGCCGCCCAACCUAGCAGACUCGAGCCAUGCCCCUGCAGGAACAACAAUCGUGGGAGGCUUCGUGACCUGUCAUUGCCUCAGAGGUACGCGUGUCCGCCUGCUCAUCUCAACAAGCCUGCCCGUCCGUCAUCACGGGUGUACUCAACACCGUGCCCGCCCACCACCACCACGAAAUCGUGCUCCCGGGCCUGGACGCCCGCCCUAUCCACCGCCCAGCCUAUGAGGCAGCAUCAGCUCUGACGGCAUAAAGCGUCACAUGUUGGCCCGGUCUUUCGCUCGCGCCGGUGGUCGCGGCCUUGCCACCGGCAGGGCAUCCCGGGUCUUGUUCUCGACCACGGCCCGUCGCCGUUCCGCCGCCGCCGCCGCCACCGAUGUCUCGUCCACCGCAAACCUCCCCUUAGCGGGAUAUCGUGUGCUGGACAUGACGAGGGUUCUCGCUGGUCCGUAUUGUACACAGAUAUUGGGCGACUUGGGAGCCGAGGUCAUCAAAGCUGAACACCCGACGCGCGGCGACGACACCAGAGUAUGGGGUCCUCCAUUCGCCCCGUACACUCAGGAGUCGGGACUGCAAGGCCCCGGCGAAGCUGCGUACUUUUUUGCUGUCAACCGCAACAAAAAAUCAAUUGGUCUUUCCUUCCAGCAUGGCGAAGGUGUCGAGGUUCUGCACAAGCUAGUUGCCAAGUGUGAUAUCCUGGUCGAGAACUACAUACCUGGCUCUCUCAAAAAGUACAGCAUGGACUACGAGACGCUUCGGAAGAUCAACCCCGGGCUCAUUUACGCCUCAAUCACCGGCUACGGCCAGACUGGGCCCUACUCGCAGCGGGCUGGCUACGAUGUCAUGGUCGAGGCCGAAUUCGGACUGAUGCACAUCACUGGUGACCGGGACGGGCCGCCCGUCAAGGUCGGCGUUGCCGUGACGGACUUGACGACAGGCCUCUACACAAGCAACAGCAUCAUGGCCGCCCUGCUGGCGCGGGCAAAGACGGGGCGGGGACAGCAUAUCGAUAUUGCUCUCAGUGACUGUCAGACGGCGACCUUGGCCAACAUUGCGAGCAGCUGUCUCGUAAGUGGCAAGAAAGACUCUGGCCGAUGGGGCACCGCACAUCGGUCCCUAGCUUCGAUCGUCCCGUACAAGUCAUUCAAGACGAAAGAUGGCGACAUCCUAUUCGGUGGGGGUAACGACCGCCUCUUUGGUAUCCUGUGCGACGGAUUGGGGCGCCCAGAGUGGAAGGCCGACCCCAAGUACGUCGUGAACGCGGUCCGCGUGGCCAACCGCGUCGAGCUGGAGGCCGCGAUAGAAGCCAUUACGGUGCAGAAGACGACCCAGGAGUGGCUCGAGGCCUUCGAGGGCAGCGGCAUGCCGUACGCCGCGGUCAACGACGUGCAGGGGACCCUGAACCACGAGCACACAAAGGCCCGGAACAUGGUCGUCGAGAUGGAGCACCCGGGCUGCGGGCCCAUCAAGAUGGUCAACACGCCCGUCAAGUUUAGCGACAGCAAGCCCAGCAUCAGGACGCCGCCACCGCUGCUCGGCCAGCACACGGACGAGGUGUUGACGGAGAUGCUGGGGUACAGCGCAGAUGAGGUGGCUUCCCUCAAGGAGAAGGGCGCUGUGAGUUAG